CGGAAGUUUCGUUCACUGCCAGGGCGGGAAGACGGAGCUCUGUUUGUGUUAUUAUGACAGCUUAUCCUCAGUAACUAAAUAAUCUUUAAGUUCGUUUAUUUCAUAACUCGGACUGUUGGAUAUUUCAGCACGCGCUCGUCUGUAAAACGGUUGUUUAUAAGGAGGAGUCAUGCAGGCCUUUCUGAAAGGAGCAACUGUCCAAACAAGCAGACUUCAGAAGGACAAGACAAAAGCAGGACCAAGUGGAGAGAAGAAGGCGAAGGCUGUUCCCUGGGUCGAGAAAUACAGACCAAAAUGUGUCGAUGAAGUGGCGUUCCAGGAGGAGGUUGUUGCUGUGCUGAAGAAGUCUUUAGAAGGAGCAGAUCUUCCCAACCUGCUCUUCUAUGGCCCGCCUGGGACAGGAAAGACGUCCACCAUCCUAGCAGCUGCCAGAGAGCUUUUCGGUCCAGAGCUGUACAGACAGAGGGUCCUGGAGCUGAACGCCUCGGACGAACGAGGCAUCCAGGUCAUCAGAGAGAAAGUCAAGAACUUUGCUCAGCUCACCGUGUCGGGGAGUCGUCCAGAUGGGAAGCCGUGUCCUCCUUUCAAGAUUAUCAUCCUGGAUGAGGCGGACUCUAUGACGGGACCAGCUCAGGCUGCUCUCCGACGCUCCAUGGAGAAAGAGUCCCGCACCACCCGCUUCUGUCUCAUCUGUAACUACAUCAGCAGAAUCAUCGAGCCUCUGACCUCCAGAUGCUCCAAGUUUCGUUUCAAACCUUUGGCCAAUCAGAUCCAAGAAAAGCGUCUGCUGGAUAUCUGUGAGAAGGAGAACCUCAAGUACACCAAAGAGAGUAUCGCAGCCCUGGUUCGGGUGUCUGAGGGAGAUCUGCGUAAAGCCAUCACGUUUCUUCAGAGCGCCGCGCGUCUCAAUGUUGACAAAGAAAUCACCGACCAGACCAUCACCCAAAUCGCAGGGGUCGUCCCGUCCAAGAUGAUUGACAGCUUGUUUGAGAUCAGUUUAAAAGGAACCUUUGAGAAGCUGGAGGUCGUGGUGAGAAGGAUGAUGGAGGAGGGAUACGCAGCGACACAGAUCCUGAGUCAGCUCCACGACUACGUCAUAGAGCAGGACCUCAGGGACGAGCAGAAGUCCGCCAUCACUGAGAAGAUGGCGGUGGUGAGUAAGUGCCUGUCAGACGGUGCCGAUGAAUACCUCCAGAUGUUGAGUUUGUGCUCAGUCAUCAUGCAGCAGGCAUCCCAGAGUUAAAAAUCCAUUCCUCAAAGAAGUGCGGCCAUCUUCUUCCAGCCAGACCAGCCUAUCAGAGGCCGUUCGCGGUGUUGCUCCACCAUGUUCUCUUCAACUAACAUGUAAUAUUUUCAGAUGUUGGAAAAUAAUAAAGUCUUUCAUAUCUUUUCA